AUGGUGUGCAACCGAUUGCUGGCCAACGGAGUCCUGUCGAAGAACACGCACGGGGAUGUUAUACGAUUCACUCCACCCCUUUGCAUAAACAAGGCCCAAAUCGAAGAAGUGUUCGAUAUCAUCUCAAAGACGAUUCAACAAGUGGUCGCUGAGCACAAGUAG